AUGUUGGGCGUCAGCAAGACGAACGCAUCGGUGACAGUGAGGAACUCAGGGGUCAAAUUCGAACGUCCAGUCAAACGCGCGGGAACUCGGGGAUACCGAGCGCCCGAAGUGCUCAUGGGCAUGCAGUGCCAGACCACAGCAGUGGACGUGUGGGCUGCUGGGGUAGUACUGCUUACCCUGCUGUGCCGCACGACACAGUUCCAAUGGUUCCAGUAUAACGACAUAGUCACGGCAACGAUGGAGAUCUACGGGUACGCUCUUUGUGUACCUUGGAAGUGCGCUUGUCUGACUGUCUGA